GUGGGGGCUCAACUAGGCAGCGCAUGGAAAUGAACAUGUUGACAUGUGGAUGGGGAUGGGGAUCCAUGAUGCUGGGGCACGGGUCUAUGUGUGAGUUGUUGAUGUGAUCAGUAUCCGUCUGUGAUACAGAUGGCGGCUUUCCAGAGUGUGAGUGGACUGUGUCAUCAAGGACAAAGAAAUGACAUCUCGCAUUGCCUGCAAGUGACUGUGGGCGGCUAUGGCUAUGGCCCGUGUACUAUGCGGCGUGCUCUCGUAUGGACCGGUUUGGGAAUGCACAAGUGGACUAAAACACCGGGCGCUGUUUAUAGGGAGCUGAGAGCUGGUGAAGGUCAACCAGAAGCUAGAGCAAUUAAGGAAGGUUUCAGAAUCCGAAGGACACAUGGAAGCCAAUCAAGGUGCAGAUGCAGAAGUAUCCGCACCUUGACGAUGACAUUCGGCACGGGUGUUGGAUCAGUUAGCUUUGUCAGGGCGUUUUUAGUAGUGCCAUCACUGUCAUUAGGGUCGCAGUUGCUGUCGCUGUCUCGACUAUCAGCUUCAGCAUCGACAUCGUCAGCGGGGUCCCUGGCAUCAUUGUCAGGAGCACCGCCAUCAUGUUCAGCAGCACGGUCAUCGAGUCCCGGAGGGGGAGGAGCGGAGUGGAAUCGUAACAGAGGAAUCGACAGCUGUCUGCCGAAGAAAGUCGGAAAUCGGCCAGGUGCAUGCGCAGGAGAAAACGAUGAUGUGGCAUUGGGCUACACAGAAAAAAAUGAGGAUGUGGUGUUGACGACUUCAAGUACGAUAUUUGAAUCAAAUGAUGUUGGCAAUGGCUGCCGGGAGAUGGAGAAGCCAAGGGAGUCUUGGCUCCCUUCCCCCCCGAACGUGUCUAAUCCGAGAGCAAGCUUUAACGCGGCGGUUUUAUCUUAUCUCGGUGAUGUCAUCUAUGAACUUUACACAAGGCGGCACUACCUCUGCCCGCCUCAGAAUUUAAAACGAUACAAUGAAAGGGUGAUGACCGUUGUCCGGUGUGAAGCGCAGAGUAAGUUUCUUCGUCGCCUACUCAAAGAGCGGUUCUUCACCGAGACGGAGAUGGAUAUCCUCCGGUGGGGCCGGAAUGCAUCCUCUGGGAGCAGGAAGGCCUUGCGGAGAGCGGGAGGAGAUGUCUAUAGCAAGGCGACAUCUCUCGAAACGUUGAUCGGGUACUUGUAUCUGAAGGACAGAGAGCGCCUGGAGGAAAUGAUGAGCACAAUUGGGUUUGGCUCCCAGUGGAAAGGGAGUGAGGGUUCGGGAAAGGACCUGUUCGCCGAGUUUCUUCAUGACAUGGAGCCGACAAGCAAAUCCCAGGAGGGGUGACACUCGGCAGAUGCUCUGCGCAAGUGACAUGUGGGCAUCGCCAUUAGGUGGGAAUGAGGGUUCUGGAAAGCGCCCAUUCUUCAAAUUUCUUGAUGACAAGGGAUUGAAGAACGAGCCUGCAGUAGAUGGUCUUUGCGAGUAACCCGUGGCGCUCCUCUAUGCGGGGGAGUUGAGGCUGUGCAAGUGGAGCUGAGCUGACUCCUUGCUUUGAGUGGCACGUGGCUGUCCAUGGGAGGAGCGAAGCAUGCUUGCACAGGGAGAGCCUCGUUUGCUUGUCAAACGAGGCUCUCCCUGUGCAAGCAUGAGAGAUUGUGUGGAGAGGAGUACCAGGAUUGGGUGUGGCUUUGGUGAGGUAGAGGUCUCAGUGGGGGGAGGACACAGCGUAUUCAGUGUUCCGAGCGUCAUGGUGGCAAGGAACAUGUGAUCGAUACAAAUACGUGGCAAGUGAACCAUGGAGGACUUGACCGGUGGUCGCCGGCGAAUGAAAAUGUGAGCAUCAGCGAUGCUUGGGAGAUUGCACCUUCAAUUGUCUGGGUCGUCAGAUUUCUGGACACGUUGCUAGCAGUUGGAGUAGCUUCGUGUGGCACCUGUGGAGGAGACUGUUUGGGCAAGGGAGCAACCGAGGAGCAACGUAAACUGGAUAUGUUUCUCGAGUAUCAUUGUCUGUUGAUGUGUUUGAAGCGAAGAGGAUAGUAGAGCUGACUCCACGUUCUCGUCGUGUUGAGCGUCCGCACAGGGAUAACUGCAGACAGUACGUGUCAGGUACGGAGUGCAACUUUCAUGUCAGAUACCGACAAUGACUGGGCGUUGUGCUUGGGCCAAGAAGCUAGUUGCAGCAGUGGAAGAUAGUUGAGGCAUCUUGUUGAUUGUGUCGUAAUUGUCCGUUUCUGGAAGUAUUUCUAGGGCGGGAAAUGUGAUCCAGUAGGCAGACUGCUGCUUUUGUUCUUUUCAGGGAAGCGGCCGCUGAAGUUGUAGUAUUGAGCAGGAGUGAAGUGCUGUCUGUCUAUUGAUGUUUACAUGUGUGUAUGUACUAUGUACUGUUUUCUUUCGGCGACAAAUUCCUAAAUGUAUUUGACUGCAAUUCCAGCCCGACCUGAGCAGGAUGAAUCUGACCGCGAUCACAUCCACAGCCUAGUACAGGGGUAACAUCGGGACAUCUGGAACUCUGACAGGCUUGUCAAUAGCCUGGUUGGACAGCAGAACCCUUCACAUGUCCAUGAGCCUCGCUCCACUACACAACACUGUACAUGCAUUUGGACGCUUUCUUGCCCGAAUAUGUUCACAACGUUGGAAUCGCCUGAAUGCACCUGGUCCCUCAAGCGUCCAGAUGCAUGUACAUUGUUGUGUGGUGGAGCGAGGGCCCAUAUCUGGAGAUGUUGACAUCUCUUGGUGGAACGCCGAGGAAGAAGGUUUCUAGACCACGUCUGUUGUGACCUUUUGUUCAUACACAGUAUAUGGUACAGACGUGGUUUGUGAGACGACUUCAUAGUUGCUUCGACUGAGGAUGUAGAUAUACUAGCGCUUUCCUAAAUGUAUUUGACUGCAAUUCCAGCCCGACCUGGAUGAAUCUGACCCCGAUCACGUCCACAGCCUAGUAGAAAAAGUCCUAGUUUGAGUACGCCUUGAGAUACUUGUGCUGGGGAGUAAUCUAGUUAUGUCUUGGGGACAAUGAGUGCGAGACAGGGACGGGAUAGUUACUGCCAUUAAAUGCGGUGCGAUUGUUGAAAUGGGUGCAGUUGUUUGGGGAAUCGCCGGCUCGAAUCCGUGCUUGCACGGAGGAGGUCCUGUGGCUGAUAAUGUACAGACUGAAGAAGCCUACAUGUCGCUGGAUGAAGUUGAGAGGGCUUUGAACUUUGAACCCACUGCCAUUAAAUUUGAUGCUGUUGUGGAAUGGGUGCGCUUUUUUGCAGAAUUUCAAGAUGCCUGCAUGUAAUCAGGUAAAGUUGUC